GUUCAGCGUCAGUUGGGGCGUGGUGAGUGACGGAGCUGGGUUCCAGCCAGCUGAGUUCAGUGGAUGUCACGGAAGCCCAGCGACACAUCCUGCCGUCAACUUUACUGAGUGCUCCUGCCUUACGUUGACAGAAGAUGUUUUUUGCCCGAAAAUUUAUUGGCGGCAUCAUUGAUGUUGUAAGCAACAUCGACCCAGCCCAGUUUGUGCCUUCUGAACCACCUCCACCACGUCGGCCAGUUGCAUAUGCAGAGCAGCAUGAGAGCGAUGAGGAGAAACAGUUCCGCAGAGUCUUCCAGCAGCUUGCUGGAGAUGACAUGGAAGUGAGCCCAACUGAGCUGAUGAACAUCCUAAAUAAAAUCAUUGCAAAGCAUGGAGAUCUGAAGACAGACGGUUUCAGCAUUGAGUCCUGCAGGAGCAUGGUGGCAGUCAUGGAUAGUGACAGCACUGGAAAACUCGGUUUUCAUGAAUUCAAGCACCUCUGGAACAAUAUAAAGAAAUGGCAGGGGGUGUACAAGAGUUACGACACAGAUGGUUCUGGUGUCAUUGGUGCAGAUGAGCUGCCCAACGCCUUCAGAGCUGCAGGCUUCCCCCUCAACGACCAUCUGUUCCAGAUGAUAAUUCGCAGAUACAGCGAUGAAAAUGGGAACAUGGAUUUUGAUAACUACAUCGGGUGCCUUGUGAGGCUAGAUGCCAUGUGCCGUGCCUUCAAGACCCUGGAUAAAGAUGACAAUGGGACCAUCAAAGUCAAUAUUCAGGAGUGGCUUCAGUUGACCAUGUACUCUUGAGUCCCGAUGGUGUCUCUCCUGCUUGUUAUACGGAACCACUUUGUUUGUCUACACAUCACAAAAUAAUUUUAGCGACCAUCCCAACAACUCCCUCUGUUCUCCAGCAAAUCCCUUGCGUGUGCAGGUUUAUUUGGAAUGUUAAUGCAAGGCAAGUGCUGUGGGACUCUUCACUGUCCCCCAUAAUGCUCACAAGACAGAAUUGAAACUAGGUUAGAAAACCAAGAAAAGCACAAACCUGUACUCACAAUGGUACCUAUAGCUGAGGAACACCGAUAAAUGCCACUCAGUACUCUGAAAAAGUAUGUAGCCAACAUGAUUCAUAGGCAUAAAGAUAUUAGUAUGCUGAACUGGUUUCUUUUGGUCUGUUUGGCACAUGUUUUUGAUCUGCCUGUUAUCUCAAGUGAUAUGAGAAGAGGCAGACCAACAUCAAGAUGCUUAACAGCAGAUAUGUGAAAACCUAAUGUGAAAACAGGAACCUCCCUUUCUUAUGUAGCUGAGGCUGGUUUCACAAAGAUGUGUCAGAGGGGUCUAUGGGGGGCCAGUCUUCUUUUUUUCUCUUCAGCCGGUUAAAUGCUUACAUGCUGACACUGGAUAACUCUACAAAAAUAAAUGCUGACAGUGUUUGUCACCUUAGCCCCAGGUUUAGUUAGGAACAUUCACACUUUCUCUCAACUGUCACCUGCUGGCAGAAACAGGAAAACCUUCUUUGCUCAUCACUGUAAAAAAAACCAAAAAUCUUCCACAGGGCACACAUUUUCUGUUGAAGUCAACAGAAGUCAAAGGUGUAACGCUGUAGCUCGGUUGGCCGUGUUUUAAUAGUUCAAAUGGUUACCACCCGUUUUUCCUAAUUCAGUCCUUCUCAGAACUGUGUGGGUGUGUGCAGACUGCAACACCACCAUCUUUGUGCCCUUGUUUACACUUGUUGGGACGGGACAGUGUAUACCCUCAGCGUUCAUAUUAUAGUACGUAGAAUUUAUUGACUUACAACAUUCUCAGAAAAGCUCCACCCAACUUCAACCGUAGGACUAACCAGCUUUCACACUAAAUGAAAUGACGAGGAUGUGCAGGGGUUUUCAGACUGUGAUAAUUUACCAAUAUGGCAAACAGCAGAUCAGUCCUCAAAGCUUUUAAAGCUCUGCACACCCACAGGUGUUUUCAGGUAUUAUGGCUGAGUAGAGCUCUGCACAGGCUGAAGCUGAGUGAAGCUAUUCUGAGAAUUGUGUCAGGUCCAAAUCCCAAGUACCCAUAAGAGUCAUGAGGGUGUAAGUUGUCCCAUACUAAGAACAGCUGCGACAAAGCUAACAGGAAUGUUGGGGAUGGUGGCUGUCAGCCAGUCAGUGCAGACCCACGCAGCCCUUAGCAGAGGUCUAAUUGGGUGAGAUGGGUUAGCAAAUGAGUGGGUGGAUCAUUUUUUCAUUAUUUGUUACACCACAGUUAAAUUCAGAGUCUUUGUGAAACUGGGCCCAAUACCACUGAUUAGAGAUUAUUGUUGACUAAAACAUGUGAGACAGGAAAGUUAGGAAGACGUAUGAAUUAUGGUUUACUUGCACCACAGCCUACCACAAGCAUGGUGGUUAUUUGUACACUCUAUUAUCCUGCAUCAGAAUUACGCUGUUACUGUAUGUGCAUAGUAGUCAGGAAGCCCCAUGCUUUCUACAUCUACCAGAAGAUAUAAAUAAGGAAUACAUCUCUAAAAUCCCAAACUUUCUUUGAAGUGACCUAAUAGGUAGUUUGUUAAUAUAUAUAUUCAAUAUAUCCAGCUUUACAUCUUCUGUGUAAUCCUAGUGCUCAUUAACAUCCCAAGAGACAAUGUUGUAUUUGCAAUUGAAUGUUGAUGCUGGCAGUGCAACUUAGCCAUAGCCCUCUCUAUCAGCCUCUCAGCUUACUGUUCACUUUGUCACUUAUCACUGUGUACUUAACUCAAACAAAACCUGCACCAGAUAAGGCCAGCACAAUGUGUGGAUUGAUCAUAUGUAACAGAAAUGUAUGCCACUAAUGCAUGCUGCCAAUAGAAGAGAUGCAUUAUUAAUGGUUUUUAACCAUGCUGUUUUAGCCACAGUCUUUAAACUGUUACUGAAAAUGUUUGGUAAAUGAAAUACCUGUGCCAUAUUUGGAAUAAAAGGGUAUCUUAAAUG